UACAAACACACCUUUAUCAAGAUGAUGAUGAGGUUUAUCCUACCGAAGUUGACCAAUAUAAUGGAGUAUACGGUGCAGAGCCCGUCGUAGAUAACUCUAUGUUGAUUGAAUCCCCUUCUACGUCGAAAGAAAUUUUGUUGAACUAUGAAGGUGAAGAUAGAGAUACUUUUGUACUCGUGCCUGGUUUUAGUCUUUUCAACACAUUAGAAAUCCCUUUGCCGGGUGGUAAAAGCGUGGUGAUCAACGAUUACUGGAGCGAUGUAAAAGAUAUUGUUGAAGAUCCUUUUAUCUCAAGUCCAAGUCCUCUAGGUUCUAUUCACGAUAGAGCUGUUGAACUUUAUUAUCAAAUUAAAGGGGGUCAAGUUGAUUACGGAUUACAACAUUCUCAUCAAUUUUGUCAUAAUCAAUUGGGAACAACGUAUGAAGGGUUUAUGCCUCUCUGGAAUCCAGAUAAUCCAAUUGUAUUAAUCGGUAAAGGUUAUGGUGCUACGACCGCACUUUAUCUCCAACAUUUGUUGUCGACAAAUUUCUUUGGGCAACAUACUUCAGGACGAAUGGUUAAGGCUGUCAUUUGUUUUUCCGCACCUCAUCGUGGGAGCAUUCUUCCAUAUUGGCUUGGACUUGAAGCAGGAUCGAAAUGUAUCGUUGACCCAUUCAGUCUUCUUCAAUUAUUCUUAUCAUUUAUCCACAUUGUUUGCUACUUCGCUUGCUUGGAACAACUUUUCUCAUUCCAAUUAAAUGAUAAAUGGAAUUUGAGGAGUAAACAAGAUGGUGGGGAACAAUCGAUAUGGAGUGCAAUAUCUGCACGAAGCAGAUUUGCAUAUUUUGGGGACAAUUUCUUGGUCGAUUGGUCAGUUGAAGGAGCAAGGAUGAGAUAUGCGGGAGAUGAAAAGGAUAAGCACCAUUUAGAUCCUGAUUGUGUUUACAUUAAUUAUAUAACAACGGGAUCUAGUUGGAGAUCAAAGGUAACAGGUCAUUAUUGGCCAAGAUUAACCUUCCGUAACUUCCCAACCGGCAUCAUCUCUAAAUUUCUCGGACAAUAUAAAAUGACAACAGACGUGGAACAACAUGUGUUACGUACAUCAUCAUCCGCAUUCUGGGAGAAUGACGGGACACUUUCAAUUCUUUCUCAGCAACCACCACCAAAUCAAAGAGUACAAAUGAAUAUUGUAAUUACGGAGAAACUUUUUGAUCCAGUCGAUCAUGAAUUAACUCCAGGUGCAUGGUAUAACGUUUACGUCGAAGAUCGUUCAAAUACAGUAUUAUUUGAUAAACCAUUUUUAACCAAUUUACCUGUAAUCGAAAAAAUGUUGGAAAUUAAUACUGUUAAGAGAUUUGGAGAAUUCCUUUCCAGCAAUACGGAUCAUUUUGAACAUUAUUAUAUUCAUUUGAUGGAAUUUGUUGAACGUCAAUUGUGUUGUUUAGGAUCAAAAUUAACGAUAAAAGGUGGUGAAAGCAGUAUGACUGACAUUGAAUAUGUUACAUCAGUAUCAAAUUCUUACAUGAUCAAUGCUACAACUGAUCGUAUUGAAAGACGCACAAGUGAUAAAGCUGGUGAAGAGUGGUGCAGACGAAUUGGUACUAUAGAAUUAAUGAAUAGUCCAAGUAGAAUGUUAUAUUAUAUUAACAGUUUACAAAAAUUAAAUGCGGCUGCUGAAAAUGGAGUUGUUGGAUCCCAAGAUUUGAUGCCACUUAAAGAUGCUGCUUCUUUCAUUCCAUCCGGUCCUAUGUUUAUUAAAGCUAGACAUAGAAUGACUACUGAAGAUUAUAGAACUAAAUACCAUGUUCAAAAUUUAACAAGAUAA